CCGAUAACAUAGACUUUGACAGCAACCGUUUGUUUAUUGACGACCUGUCAUGAUUCCGCCAUCUUGACAUCCUCUUUAUGAUCAAGUUGAUGAGGGGUAAGUCACAUACUCUCAAAAAUAUAUGCUUUUACCUUCUACUUGUUUGACUUAAAAGAAAGAUAAGUCAUUGUUAUUUCAUGUAGUCACACCAAUGUAAGUGGAAUGCAGUGAACACAUGAACUACUUGAAUACAGCGACACCACAGACUAGCGGACCUCAAGUGACGACAGACUGAAAGGUGAACGACUGACCAGCCAUUUAAAUGUAGAAGCUGCACAUUUACCCCUCCGGAAACUUGAAGUCGCUCACACAACUACAUACUCAUUCCAUUCUCACGAGCUCAUACUGUCUUCGCCGUCACAGGCUGAGGAAGCGAAUCGUCCACAAGAAAUGUGUUAGGACCGUGAAAAGUGCUGUCGAUAGCAGUUUCCAUCUGACUCAGUGCUGUGGAGAAGCAAAACGGGUUUCCUGUCUCCAACUUACUUUGUUGUAUGAGAGGAAGCCAUCUCUAGCUAUGUCUGGACCUCAGCCACCUUCAUCACAACAGGUCAAACGCCAGAAGGCCGCUGGUGGAUGUCGGGUCAAAGUUUACCUACACGCCGUGACUGAUGCACAGGCUGAACUUCUUACAGAUGUUGGAAGAAAACGUCCACUUGAAGAAAUCAGUAAGAAGACAGGCACUGAUAUAGAGUUCGACCCUUACACCUCACCUGUACCAGGUAUGAAGAUUGUCAUCAUCCGCGGUGUCCCAUCUAAGAUCGAGAUGGUGGUCAGACUCAUCCAUCAGGUGACAGGUGCUCAGGACACACUGUCAGCACAAGCCCAGACAUUCUGGCUCCAGUGGGUUGAGGCCGCGUACCCUGACCUCGAGUCUCGCGCCUACUUCCUGCCUCCUGUCUACUUCAACAGCGUGCCGAUGACUAGACAGUCGGUAGGUGGUCAGAAUGUUCUGGUCCUUCAGUCAGCACCUGGACAGGCUGGUCAGUGCAACAAACAGGGGAUGGCUCCACUUGUUGCUCGUCAGGUUGUCAGUCCUCAGCCUCCUCGAGUUCAGGACAGUGAUGUUAGAGAUGAUGCUGCCAUGGAGCGGGUUCUCAUCUGUGUGCAGGAAAUGUCUCAACAGAACAAAGAAGUUCUGGUAGGACUUAGUCAGCUGAAGUUCGGACAGUACUUGGGUGAACCUUGUUACUCAGCCGCAGUUGCCCAGUUACCUGUCGCCCUCAGUCCUCCGUCGUGUCUGCCCCGAAACUGGUCACGUGAUUGGUUGGGUACAACAGAGAGGUCUGUAAUGAGAGGUCUGUAAUCCUCUAGACAGAACACUGGGAGACAAGGGGUUAAUUAGGGACUAUAAUGAACACUAAAUAUUUAAGCUUGUGAGUGUUUAAAAGCUCAAGAGUGUUUAUUGACGACUAAGGUGAGAUGGAGGAGGUUGUGGGAGGAUGUGAUGAUAGUAGACCUAACAUCUUGUCAUCUCAAUAUCAAUGUCAGUCUUCCACUGAAUGUCACCACACGUACAUUUGAUAUCAACAUGUUAUUUACACGUAAACACUCGUACAGUGUUAGUUGAUGUUGUGAUACUAAUUGAACUCAGUGU